AAAAGAAUGGUAGGGGAAAGUGGGUCCUCCACGUGUUCGCCGGCACGCGAGCACAUUCGAGUUCUUUCGUCCGUAGGCGCAGCCGCGCUGCGCUCAUAGCAGCGCUCUCGGCCACUCGGAGGCCCGGCACGCAUCUUUCUUACACUUAGCUCAUUGCGCGUUUCGUCUCGCAGAGAACGUUCUAUUAAUUUCGAACACUUCUCCCCUCUUCCGUCUUCCUUAUUCCUUUCUCCUUCUUCGAAUGAAGAAGCCGCCAACUUCGUUGACACUGUGCACCUUUUUUCUUUGGUAAAACAAAUUCAACAUUGUUUUUCUUUUUCAAUCACCUACGUGCCUGAAUGUUAUAUCACGAACCAAAGGAGCGCGGGAGAUGGCGGUCAGUCUCGAGAGAUACCUUUUUCUUCUCGUCCUCUUCUCCUCGAUCUUCGUCCGUCAACACUACGUAGGCGCAGAUAACAAAACCCUGAAGGAUCUCUUCAACAGCACGUCCUGCGCUAAGCCGCCCUUCGAGUGUCCACAUCCUCAAAUCGAAUUUUAUCUGUACACCAGGGAGACGCAAAAGGAUCCUUUACUCUUGGACGUCCGAAGCUUCGAGUCGCUUUACUAUUCCAGAUUCAAUAAAUCCCAUACAACCAAAAUCAUUAUUCACGGUUUCGGUGGCGGUAGAAACUUGGCCCCUAGUACGGAUCUUAGACGUGCGUACUUCACUCGAGGCGAUUAUAAUAUCAUCAUCGUUGAUUACGGCACGCUGGUACGCGAACCCUGUCUCUCUCAAAUACAAUGGGGACCAGAUUUCUGUUCGCGAUGUAUCGCGCAAUUGGUGAGGUACUUGAGGGAUCAUCCUCGAGGCACAAGGCCGGAGAAUAUUCAUGUCCUUGGAUACAGCGUCGGCGCCCACAUCGCCGGACUGAUCGCCAAUUAUUUGCCCGAUGAUAAGCUCGGCAGGAUAACGGGCCUCGAUCCGACGAUAUUCUUCUACAUGAACGGGAAUCGUUCGAUGGAUUUAGACGAGACGGACGCCCAUUUCGUCGACGUUAUACACACCGGCGCAGGGAUUUUAGGCCAAUGGGGACCGAACGGACACGCGGAUUUCUACGUUAACGGCGGAUCGAGCCAACCCGGAUGCGCGACCUCUUCUCUGCUCCGUGAAAACGCUCUCCUGCGACCACACCAAAGUGACCCCGUAUUACAUCGAGUCGAUCAUAACGAAGAAAGGAUUUUGGGCAGCACCCUGCGGCAAUCUUUUCUCUUACCUGAUCGGCUGGUGCAAUCCGCCGUUGGAGAAGUACAUUCUCAUGGGAGAGGACACGCCACAUACAGCACGAGGCAUCUUCUAUCUGUCAACAAACGCACACAGACCGUACGCCCGAGGACUUCCCGCAAAAAAGCAGCGACAGACAAGUCGGAAGCAAUCGUCCUACCGCCAGUAUUAAGCUUGCUUAAGCAGCUUAUCAAUAUAAUUAUAGAAUAGCGAAUCUGUGUACCUACUUAUUAAUUAAUUCAUUAAUAUCAUUAAUCGCCUGAGCGUUCAUCGGCCCGAUGAACGACGCUCUGUUACUACGCUCCUUCUUCUAUGUUUCUCCUCUCUCUUCAGUUUCUCACGUUCGUCAAUUAGUUGUACGAUAAUAAAGACGUAACAUCUUUUUAUAGCGUUUCA